UCCAUUCCUCACAUCUGCGUGUUAGAGGGCAAAAGCCAGAUCUUCAUUGUAGCCCUCUUCAGUCUUCACUCCUUCAUAUCGGUACAUAUUCAGAGAGAGAUAACCGGAGGGAAGGUUUCCAGCUGUGUUUCCUUCCUUUUCUUCCCAGAUCUGAAUCGGUCCCUCUCAUUUCACCAUGGCUCAGCCUCUCGUGAAGAAGGACGACGAUCGCGACGAUGAAGCGGAUUACUCUCCUUUUCUCGGGAUUGAGAAGGGAGCUGUUCUUCAGGAAGCUAGAGUGUUCAAUGAUCCUCAGCUUGAGCCAAGGAGAUGUUCUCAGGUCAUUACAAAGCUUCUGUAUCUACUGAAUCAAGGAGAGACAUUUACAAAGAUCGAAGCCACAGAAGUGUUCUUUGCUGUCACGAAACUUUUUCAGUCUAGAGACACUGGUUUAAGGAGAAUGGUGUAUUUAAUGAUAAAGGAGCUUUCUCCUUCUGCUGAUGAGGUUAUUAUUGUGACUAGCUCACUUAUGAAGGACAUGAAUAGCAAGACUGAUAUGUAUCGAGCAAAUGCUAUUCGGGUUCUCUGUCGAAUAACGGAUGGAACCCUUCUCACCCAGAUUGAGCGAUACUUGAAACAAGCAAUAGUUGACAAGAACCCUGUUGUUGCAAGUGCAGCUCUUGUCAGUGGAAUUCAUCUUCUCCAGACAAACCCAGAGAUAGUGAGAAGGUGGAGUAAUGAAGUACAGGAAGCUGUUCAAUCAAGGGCAGCACUUGUGCAAUUUCAUGCCCUAGCUCUCCUGCAUCAGAUUCGGCAGAAUGAUCGCUUAGCUGUUAGCAAGCUAGUCACCAGCUUAACUAGAGGAAAUGUUCGCUCACCAUUGGCUCAAUGCCUCUUGAUCCGUUAUACCAGCCAGGUUAUUCGAGAAUCGGGCACUAACACACAAACGGGUGACCGCCCAUUUUAUGAUUUUCUUGAGGGUUGUCUGCGUCACAAGGCAGAGAUGGUGAUUUUUGAAGCUGCCAGAGCAAUAACAGAGCUCAGUGGUGUGACGAGUAGGGAACUGACUCCAGCAAUUACUGUUCUCCAACUCUUUCUAAGUUCUUCCAAGCCAGUGCUGCGUUUUGCUGCUGUCAGGACUUUGAACAAGGUGGCAAUGACACAUCCAAUGGCUGUAACUAACUGCAACAUAGAUAUGGAAAGCCUAAUUUCUGACCAGAACAGAAGCAUUGCAACACUGGCAAUCACCACUCUUCUGAAGACAGGAAAUGAAUCAAGUGUGGAUCGCCUGAUGAAGCAAAUUACAAAUUUCAUGUCAGAUAUUGCUGAUGAAUUCAAAAUUGUUGUAGUGGAAGCCAUCAGAUCAUUGUGCUUGAAGUUUCCUUUGAAGUAUAGAGCCUUGAUGAACUUCUUAAGCAACAUUCUUAGGGAAGAAGGUGGAUUUGAGUACAAAAAGGCGAUUGUUGAUUCAAUCGUGAUUCUCAUAAGAGAUAUUCCUGAUGCAAAAGAAAGCGGGUUGCUUCAUCUGUGUGAAUUUAUUGAAGAUUGUGAGUUCACCUAUCUUUCAACACAGAUACUCCAUUUUCUGGGGAUUGAAGGGCCAAAAACCUCAGAUCCCAGCAAAUAUAUACGGUACAUCUAUAACAGAGUAAUUCUUGAGAAUGCAACUGUUCGAGCAAGUGCUGUAAGUACAUUGGCAAAAUUUGGUGCUAUGGUUGAUUCUUUGAAGCCACGGAUAUUUGUUCUGUUGAGACGCUGUCUUUUUGACAGUGACGAUGAGGUUCGUGAUAGGGCAACACUCUAUCUGAACACACUUGGAGGUGACGGUUCUGUUGUUGAAACUGAUAAAGGUGUGAAGGAUUUCCUCUUUGGGUUACUGGACAUUCCAUUGGUCAACUUGGAGACCAGUUUGAAAAACUAUGAACCUUCUGAAGAGCCUUUUGACAUUGAUUGUGUACCUAGAGAGGUUAAGUCUCAGCCACUGGCUGAGAAGAAAGCUCCAGGUAAAAAGCCAACUGGUUUGGGUGCUCCUCCAAGUGGCCCCACAUCCACCGUUGAUGCAUACGAGAAACUGCUUUCCUCUAUUCCAGAAUAUGCAAGCUUUGGAAAGCCUUUCAAGUCCUCAGCACCUGUAGAGCUGACAGAAGCAGAAACAGAAUAUGCUGUUAAUGUUGUCAAGCACAUUUUUGAUAGGCAUGUUGUGUUCCAGUACAACUGCACCAAUACAAUUCCUGAGCAAUUGCUGGAAAACGUCACUGUUAUCGUGGAUGCUUCAGAUGCAGAGGAAUUCUCCGAAGUAUCAACCAAGCCCCUAAGAUCUCUUCCUUAUGAUUCACCAGGACAAACAUUUGUGGCAUUUGAGAAGCCAGAUGGAGUCCCUGCAGUUGGAAAAUUCUCAAAUAUGUUGAAGUUCAUUGUUAAAGAGGUUGAUCCAACUACUGGUGAGACAGAGGAAGAUGGUGUCGAAGACGAAUACCAGCUGGAGGACCUUGAAGUUGUUGCAGCUGAUUAUGUGUUGAAGGUUGGGGUCUCCAAUUUCAGAAAUGCAUGGGAAAGCAUGGGUCCAGAGUUUGAGCGGGUAGAUGAAUAUGGACUAGGCCCUAGGGAGAGUUUGGCUGAAGCCGUGAGCACUGUGAUCAGCCUUCUUGGACUGCAGCCCUGUGAGGGCACAGAGGUUGUCCCUAGCAAUUCAAGGUCACACACGUGUUUACUGUCUGGUGUAUUCAUAGGCAAUAUGAAAGUGCUUGUUCGGUUAUCAUUUGGAAUUGAUGGGCCCAAGGAGGUUGCCAUGAAGCUGGCUGUUAGAUCCGAGGAUGAAAGUGUCAGUGAUGCCAUUCACGAGAUUGUAGCAAGCGGCUAGUUGGUUAAUCUGCGGGAAUGUUUUAUUCAGCUUUUAUUCCGGCCUUUUCUUUUUCUUUCUCGAAUGAGAUCAAAGGUGGAUUGUUGCAAAGAAAUACGCUAGAUGUAGAAAAGAACUGAGGAUCGCCUCGUCUUGCAGUUCAGCUUUUAGGCAAAAUCAUAUGCAUUUUUUCUAAGGAACUAUUCUGUACUCAUCUGUUUAUCUGGUAAUAACAUAUCAAGCCUCAUGCGUCAUGUAAGUUUUGGCUCAUGGAUCGAGUCGGUGGGCCUGUAUGUCCUGUUGCUUCUUUUUUCAGUUUUUUUUCCUUCUAAAUCAGGUGUAGGUGGCAUCAAGCCUGCUUGAUUUUCCUUUUUGAUCAUAUAUCGGAUAUGAAUUUUUGAGACGCCA